UGUUCGCCGACCUAGAGAAGAGCCAAAAGGUAAAAUGGCUUUACGAAACCGCGGGAUUAACGUGCAGGGGCGGGCCGCGUUUCAUUAGUGCGGGGUGCCUGGAGGUGGCGAAAAUGAGACCUAAAACUUACAGGGAGUGUUGCUUCCCCCGUUGCAUCCGCCUGGUGCCCGUGAGCUUCGCGAUGAGGAUGUGGAUGUACAUGCGCUACAGCUCUUCGUGUCAUCACCGCUUGGUGGCCCAGCACUUUGAAGUAACGGGGCAACAACUGCACAGGCCGGCAGUUCGCCCCCUUGAUCCUGCUCGAGAUGAGGUGACUACGUAAUGGAGCCCGGCUCUGGCGUAUCGCAGAGCGCCUGGCCUAUGCCAUUGGCAACUGGUUUUUAGGACGAUUGCAAAGCAGGAUCGAUGCCAUCAGCUCGACGACGCUGCGGUGGGUGGAGCGCGGUGACGCCGCUAGCUCGUAGGAUUCCUGUACAGGAUCCGCUGAUCCGUACGUGCAUUGCCGAUGGCGGCGGGCAUGCAAGCAUAGAGUUCAUAGAGACUUCAGCCUUGGUGGUGGUGCUGGUCAAGCUGUUGAUACGCUGGACAAGUUGCCGUUUUGGUGCUUGGACCUUGCGGUCUCUUUACGUGUAUCGCCGCGCGAUCUUAGUGACGAGCUCCGAAAUGCAAGAGAAGGGCUUGGCGUGCAGAAAGCACCGGUGGGGCGGACCGAGCCGUACCGUAACUACAUGUACGGUACAUCGUCGACUCAGCCUAGAAGCUUUUAGUGAAGGUGUCCGCGUUUGUGCACGGGGCAUCGUCAAUGCCUACUCGCUGUGGACACCUUGCAGAGGUUUCGCGUCUCCUAUCUGCUCAACCAAUGCAGAGCCUUCAUCUCCGUGGCGGCUGCAUCUCCGUGGCGGCUGCAUCUCCGUGGCGGCGUGUUCUUCUCGAGUUCAUUUCGGGCCCGUGCACGUGCUUGUCUUGCCAUUUAGGUGGUCGAGCACAUAGGAACUCGAGGAAGAGGCUCAGGCCCGCCUUAUGUGCCGUAUCAUUGCAGGCGGGCAUGGCGUGCCGCACCCUGCGUGAGUGAGCGAGUGAGCAGCAUUGCCUCAUUUCGUGUGCAUGUACUCAUUUCGGUACUCGUGGUAGUGGGCGCUCCCCCAUGCUUUCCAUUAUUGUUUUCUGCUGGCAGCUCCGACACUGUGAUGACGCUAGGAAACGAUCAAAGAUAGAGGCACUUCUCCGAAAUCAACACCAGUGGUGUCACCACCUACGACAGCGAGCAGGUUGAAGUGCCGACCACGAACAGCCGAGAGGCAAGAACUGUGAAGACAUCGCGCCAAGUCGUCGCGGCCUCAUCUGCGGAUAGGAUGGAUGAUCAAAGCGCUUCCUGCAAUCCUGACGUGUGCAGUGCCAGCUUCGACUCGAACUGUGGAAGACUUUCCGCAGGCUUGGCGCUUGAAUUCUAGCAAGAUUACCUGGCAUUCAAUCGACCUUGGUCGGCUUCGCUGAAGUUUUCAGUAUCAUAAUAGCACAAAUUUUGAAAUCAAAAUGCUUAAUGGUAUUGCAUCGACAUCCAGCACUUGCCUACGUGUGACGAAGGCCCAAGAUAGCAUGUGGGCAAAUAUGGAGAAACCAAGGAAGUUACCCAAGCAACUUCGAUGCACUCGACCAUGUACUCUUAAUAACGGGUAAUAUAGGCUUUAUAAGGCCUUGUCACAAAAAUUGGUCCGUUGACAUAAUCGACUUU